GUCAACAGGAAACCAACAACCGUCACACACAAUUUGACAUAAAUUAUUCACAAAGUACCAUCUUUGGAGCUGGGUGAUUUUUCAAGAAGAUUGGUAUUUGAUGAGUUGUUGGACCUUCACACACCCAGCAUUGACAUCAUGACGUAAGCGACAAGACUCUCGUGAUACUUCUUUUAAAAGGUCAGCGCCACACGAUGGAAGGCAGUUGUAUGGAACUAGCCUUGGAAGGAGAGCGGCUUUGCAAGGCGGGCGACUGCCGCCGAGGUGUACAGUUCUUCGAAGCAGCCGUACAGGUGGGCACAGACGACCUCAAGACACUCAGCGCCAUUUAUAGCCAGCUGGGAAAUGCAUACUUUUAUCUCCAGGAAUAUGCAAAAGCUUUGGAGUUUCAUAAACACGAUUUAAACUUAGCCAGGACUCUCGGUGAUAAAUUAGGAGAAGCCAAGGCCAGUGGGAACCUCGGGAACACAUUCAAAGUUUUAGGGAAGUUUGAUGAGGCGAUAGCAUGUUGCCAGCGCCACCUUGAUGUGUCGAGAGAACUGGACGAUAAGGUGGGGGAGGCAAGGGCGCUAUACAACCUCGGAAAUGUUUACCAUGCCAAAGGAAAACAUGCGGGGCGCAGUGCUCAUCAAGACCCGGGGGAAUUCCCACCAGAAGUCAAAGACUCAUUACAGAAGGCAGCUGAAUAUUAUGAAGCCAAUUUGGCCAUUGUAAAGGAACUUGGAGAUCGAGCGGCCCAGGGCCGGGCUUGUGGUAACCUAGGAAACACUCAUUACCUCCUUGGGAACUUCAAACAAGCCAUUACAUACCAUGAAGAGAGAUUAGCCAUUGCAAAAGAAUUUGGUGAUAAAAGUGCUGAACGGCGAGCGUACAGCAAUCUUGGUAAUGCUCACAUAUUUCUAGGAGAUUUUGAAUUAGCAGCAGACCAUUACAAACGUACGUUACAAAUUGCCAAACAACUCGGUGAUAAAGCGCUCGAGGCUCAAGCGUGCUACAGCCUUGGGAACACAUACACAUUAUUACGAGAUUACGACCGUGCGAUCGAAUAUCAUACGAGACAUUUGAUGAUCGCCCAGGAUCUAAGCGACCGGGUCGGUGAGGGUCGGGCGUGCUGGAGUCUAGGCAAUGCUCACACGGCGCUCGGUAAUCAUGAGAAGGCGUUGUAUUAUGCCACUCGCCAUCUAGAUAUUUCAAAAGAGAUUGGAGAUCAUACCGGCCAGGCGACAGCGCAAAUGAAUCUCGCUGAUCUGAGGACUGUCCUAGGAAUUCAUGCAAGUUCGAAAUCUAUUGAUGAAAAUGCUGAAAACAUUAGCCUCAAUACGACAGACCGUAGCAGUAUUGCUUCCACCACUACAGAUUCAGAUGAAACAGGUCUGAAAAUCCCGCGUGCACGGCGGCGGAGUAUGGAAAAUAUGGAAUUGAUGAGUCUGACACCUGACAAGCUUGAACAACAAGAGAAAGCGAAGGGCGCGAACGGUGCCAGGCCAAAGGUCAGAGUUCAAAAGGCAGCGACAGUAUCGUCUGAUCUGAGCGGGUCAGGAUUACACAAAUACCCGUUACAACGACAGCGGCCGGUAUCAACGUCAGACAUGCCCAUUCUAACAGCACAGGCAACAAAGAAAGUGAACCCGGAUGAAGAUGGAUUCUUUGAAUUGAUCACCAAGUUCCAGAGCAGACGCAUGGAGGAUCAGCGAUGUUCAAUGCGAUUGUUACAACACCAGAACUCAGUUGGCAACUCAGUCGGUCUCCCAAAACCUGCUCCCAAACCAGAAGUAGGAAAAGCCACAACCAAACAUAAAGAAGAGUUCCUCGACAUGGUGGCCGGCCUCCAGAGUCAGAGAAUGAACGACCAGCGAGCAAAUCUGCCACAGUUCCCGGGGCUCCAUCAAAGCCAGGCUGUCAGGGAAUUAUUACAGAAACAGGGAACAAUACCCGAUGACUCCUUCUUUGAGAUGCUGAUGCGGUGUCAGGGAUCAAGAAUAGAAGAACAACGUAGUGCCUUGCCCCCGGAGAAUAAAAAGAUGGCGCCGACCGUUCCCGACGAGGAUUUCUUUAGUUUAAUUCAACGCGUCCAAUCAAGUCGCUUGGAAGAACAACGGACUGAGUUGCCGCUGAACGCGCCAAAAAACCUUAAGGCAAAACCAGGCAGUAGUCGGAAGAAAAAGAAAUGAUUACUGCAUUAGUUUUAGGCUUAUUUUAUUCUUAGGAAAUUCUCAAAACAACAUUCAAAAAUGGCAAUUUAGAGGGAUGCCUUCAAAAAUUUUAUAAAAAUGUUCCCCUCUUCACCAAAAUUGUGAGGUGUUUUUUAGUCAGAUUUGAGUAUUUUGUGCAAAAAAAGCUGAAGAUGCCAAUACGAUGUGAUAUCAAAAGGGCUUAAAAAAACAUAAACAUCUGGUUAAAAUUUUUUUACUUUCCCCUCGAAAUUGUUGUUUUUGAUCAGAAGUUGGGAGAUUGUCGCUCUCGUUCAUGUUAUCUAGAUUCGCAUCUUCCAAUCAUAUAGUUCAUCUUCGAGGACCGCAGAUAGGUGGAUCAUAAGCUGUAGGAUUUCUGCUGAAUUUUUUUUGGGCUGGGAGGGUAAAAUUUUGUCUGAGCCCACGUUGAAUUUCAAGUGAGGUAUUUUUCCUAACAGUUUAUGAUGAGAGGUUGAAAAAAAGUUAUCAAAUCGUAACAUAUAAAGCUCUUUGCAAUCAUGAAUGUAAUUUGAAAAACUGGCAAAUAUUGUUGUUAUGGAGAUAGGAAGAACAAAAGUGCAUUUUACGUUCUGUGAUAAAAAAUUCGAAAUCUAUGUGGACUCUUCCACCAAUUAAUCCAAAGUUUUCGAAGGUUGAACUGCGCAUUUUUGGAAUAAGUUAGUUUUAAUCUGUCAUCAUGUUAUAGUUACUAUUUUUACAAAAUGAAGGAAAUCAUAAAAAUGGAGGAUACGAAAUAUAUAAUUGAGAGAAGGUCAAACUUUAUGAUCAGAAACUUGUGGAUAACGCCUAAGUUUGAUCUUCCAGUGGAUAUGUUUGGUCAGUAAGGCCAGCAGUAAAUGCAGUCUCUGGCAUACAGGAUUUAACGGCAGUGACGUGAAUUCUGGAAGAGUUGCCUGUAGAAACCAGGUGGAUAGUCCUUGACCUUCGACUUCUAAUGUCAUGAUUGAGGAAUUGGGAUUAUGUGUUGUGACCUUUGAACCUUGCAUGCAUAUUCAAAUGGAAAUAUAUUUUGAAUAACCCUGCAGUGAAAUUUCUGGAUCGUGUUGACGUUUAGGAAUCCUAGAAGUUUCACAUUUUAUCAUUUACUUUCUGUUUUAGCAUUUAGCCAAAGUUACACUCUAGUCCUGUGAACUUUCAGCAGCAAUUAAACAUUAGAGUGAAAGGGAUGUGUUGAGGAGAAAUAAACUGUCCUCAUUUGACACAAAAAACUGUUGGAUUUAAUGAUGCUGCAAAUUUAGAAGAUUGUGGUGUGAAACCGUGAUUAUGCCUGGCUAAGGAUCUGAAAUGACCUUUACCUCAUCUAUAACCAACCUGUGUUCAGUUAUUUGACCAGUCAGACCAAUUCCUAAUUCAGUACAGCCAUUUUUUCAUUCAGUCUGGGAACUUGGCAAUCUAUUGUCAACUUGUCGAGUUGUUGCAGUAAAAAAAAAUUUAUCAAAUGUUAUACGUGAUGAUAUUUAUUUAGAAAUACAUAUAAAAACUUUGGUGGGAAAAAAAAUAGGAAAAAUAUUAUUAGGGCGUCGGUCCUUUUCAUCUCUGUGUGUACAUUUGUUAGUUAUUUUUAUCUUCCAGAAAGAAAUUGUAAAUUUUGUACAUAGGACUCUUAAAAAUCAUUUGCUCAUGGUUGCAAAGCAACGUGAUUUUAAUCAUUAAUUGUUGUGAGAAAUUGUUUAUAUGCUGGUCAGGUUGAAGGUUUUUCCAAAAAAAGGAUGCAAUAAUUCAUGAAAAGGUUUUGAUAAUUGUAUUGACUGCCUUGAUUGUUUAUUGUUUGCUAUGUAAAGUUGUGGAUUUUUUUUGUUUGAUGCAGGAUGCAGUUGCAGUGGUGUCUCCUGUAUGUAUUCUGCAACAAUUCAUGAACUUCCUUAAGCAAGAAUUCGGGACGUCUGCUCAGGUUUCAAUUGACACCUGUCACAAGCACAUGUAUUUAGAUUAUGGAAAAUGGCGAUUGGCGAAUCUAUAAAUUUAUUAAGAAUACAAAACAGAAGAUUAAUUAGUGAAAACCUUCCACUUGACCAGUGACUUAGUCUUAUAAACAAAUCGAGGUCUUUCAAUUUCAUCAUUGUUGGAAUUGUGUGUUUUCAUAAAAAAAUCCACAUAUACUUCAGUCAUGUUGUACAUUGUCAGUUAUCAUGUUAUCCCAACCUUUGCCCAAGGGACUUUCAUGGUAUGUAUCUGGACUGUUGCAUGGUUAAGAAUACACAGUGAAAAACCCUUGGGUACAAGAUUGCUCUUGUUUGUACUUCAGUCACGAUUGUCAUGUCAGUUUUUGACUCCGUCUCGCAAAUGAAGAAAAUAUUGUUGUUGUUUUUCAAAGUCAGUCAUUGUGCUUGUGCCUCAUCAAAAUGAAGAUGGCUCUAUUGGGAAAACCCACACUUUAUCAUACUGGAUAACAGUGAAAACGAAAGCUAUUAUAAUUGCGGGAAACAGGACAUGAAAUCCCACACAAUGAUAAUUAUGGGUAACAGAUGUUAUGGUGAGUUAUUUCUCCAUGUACUGGUCAUAUUUUACUCGUGAAAUUUGGCUGGUGGACCUUUUAUCCUACUAGGUCCAGAGAGCCCUGUGGCUGACUUUGAAAAUAUGUUUUGAAAUCCCAAUUGGGAUAUCUGUCCAUCGAGUCACUUGUUUUAGAAGUGGAAUUUUAAUCGUAAAAAAACAUAGGCUUUGAAAACAUAUUACUGAAAGGAUGUAAUUGUUUUUAGACUAUUUUUAUUCAAGAUGAAAUUGUAUAUUUUUCAUCUAAUGUUGAGAGAAAAGAUCAUAAUUAAAAUGUAUUUUGCUGGGAUACAGACCGUACUCUUUUCAAUUGAAUAGUGGAUGCAUAAGAUAUAUGACAGACUAUGCUGAAUAUAAUUAAGGGACCAAUGGACAAAUGAAAAUAAUGAUUUUGUGAAUAAAUAAUUGCAAGCCCUUUCCCAUUUAUAACAUUUACAUUGUCUAUUGCCUAAUUGGAAAUUAAUGAUGCUGGAUGUGGCAAUUAAGCCCCUUCCUGAGCUAAGGAAUGCGUCUUUGCCAUGGUCCUAUACCAGUGAGGUGUAUAUUGGGAAGAAGGAACAUUCGAAUACUCACCACCUCCCCCUUUCUAACAGUAAUGUGGCCCAAGACCUCUUCUUAGAUAUCUUGUAAAAUUUCAUGCCAUUCACCCCUGCCGCUCCCAAUUCAAGUUCCACUAUUUGAUUGAGCAUGUUGAGUGCAGUGUGUUCUGAUUUGCAUAAUAAGUAUCCAAGUGUCAGUUUUGGCUUCAGUUUGAUCUUGCAUCUGUGUUGUUAGGUUUUGGGCUUCUGUUGGGCCCAGACCAGCUGAUUUCAACCAACAAAAUAUUUAUCAAAAAUGAGUUAGAAAUGCUUUGCUUGUUACAGUAAGUGCUAUAAAAUGUGUUUUGAAUAAAGUAAGCUUACCAGGGCAGGAAUCUUCCAAUUAAUCACUAUCACUGGAAUCCUAAUGCUGGCUCCUGAUAGUAGCCAAAUUCCCCCUAAGUUCCAUUUAAGUAAAAUGAUUUUAGAUUAGUUUCUGUCGCUCUGAUUAAGUAUUGGAAAGUUUAUUGAUAAAUUUUAUUAUUUAAAUCAUGUAAGUCUAUGAAUAGCAUAAGUAUUUUGAAUGAAUUCCACACCUUGUAUAAAGACAUAGAAGAACCAGUGCAUUUUAAUGUAGAGUAUUCAUUGUAAAUAGAGACUUAUUCCUUAUGCUAAUAAAAUGUAAAUAUACACAAAA